AAUAAAAUUGAAUUGAAUUGAAAAUAAUAAAAAAUUGAGAGCAUCUUAGUUGAGCGUUCAAUCUAUCAGUGUAUGUCGUUUAUUGUAAAGAUACUGUUAUUAUAAUAGCUAACAAGUUCUUGGUCGAAUUUGUCUUCAUACCCAGAAAACAUGUCGACAGUACGAACUUGCCCUGGACUUUAUUGUGGCCGAACAGAAUUAUCAGAUAAUUCCUGGAGUGAAUGUGGAGCCUGUCCUCGAGGAUAUAGGACCAAUGCAUCGAGCUAUUGUGUUGAGUGUGCGGAUGAGCCAACCCUAUACGACUGGCAGUAUCUUGGUUUUAUGGUACUACUGCCUUUAGUUCUGCACUGGUUCUUUAUUGAUAUGGUCGCCCCUGGAAAAAAAAAAGCAACAACAGUGACACAACACUUCUGUGCACUUCUGGAAGUAUUGACAGGAACAAUAGGCGCACUAUUAGUGUUGCCGCCAACAGGGUCAUUGGCUCUACAUGUGUGUACACCAAAGGCCCUGUCUGACUGGUAUACCCUGCUGCAUAACCCUCAACCAGAUUAUAAGGAAACUCUGCACUGUACACAAGAAGCUGUAUAUCCAUUAUAUACCAUAGUUCUACUGAUAUAUGCAUUCAGCCUUCUAUUAACUGUGAUAUUGAGGCCAAUUUUGCUUGCUUGGCUAAAGAACAAUGCUGGCAAGCAGGCUAUCUACAGUGCUCUCUACUUCUACCCCAUACUGGUCCUCACUCACACUGUGGCAGCUGGAUUGAUAUAUUGUGCAUUUCCCUACAUAAUUAUAAUUAUAUCAAUGAUGACAUCAGCAUCACAUUUCUCGAUAAAAAUAGAUCAAUCAGCACCAGCUCUACUCGUUUCAUCCGUGAAAAACGCAAGGAACCUCAUAAUUCUUCUUGGCCACUGGCUAAUACAUGCAUAUGGCAUCAUAUCGUUAACUGGCUUCAAGGAACUAUGGUAUCUUACGCUGGUGCCAGCUCCAGCUCUGUUCUACAUCCUAACCGCGCAAUUCACGGACCCAAUGAAGAUUCACAAUGAUUGACUAGCACGGAGCACUUUAGAGAAAAUGGUGCUUUUUUGAUCUUCCGCUGCUCCCAAUGAAGAGCCGCGCCGUGUUAGGCGCAGACAAAGACAUUAUAACAAUGAUUCGAGUUUGUUUACAAAUUAUACGUGGUAAACGUAUCGAAAGGUCACUUUGUAAAGUUGUGAGUUUACUAGCUACUGACGAAAUAAGGUGUUAAAGAACUGAACUGAUAUUGGAGUGCAUGAGGUGUAUAGAACAUUAAUUAAUGUGGUUUGCACAUGUGAUAUCUAUUGUAAAUAUAUUAUAUAGUAGUGAUUAUUUUCUUUCUAAUAUAAACAAAUUUUCAGUGAUAGUUUAAAAAAUUAUCCUAUGGUUGAAAUAUAAUUUUUAAUAUAAACUUAACUCAUGUCAUAGAAUAGUAUUCUUCAUAAAAAUGGAAUUAUGUAGAUACUAUGAAAGUUUCAGGUAAUAGAGUUAUUAAUAUUCUUACAAUAUUUGUACGAAAUAAUUCAGAAUUUAGAAUUAAUAUUAUCGAGUGCAACUAAUUGAAUAAAUAAUAAUUGUUAUUUUGCAUCAGUUCCAAUGUUUUAUUGUUAGUGUAUAUAAGAGUUGGAAAAUUGGUGUCCGUUUCAUUAACAUAAGACUUAUUAUUCAUGAAAUAAUUGGAAUCGCUAGUUGCAAAUAAAUUAUUGUAAUCUAAAUUUUUAUUAAGAUAAUGCUGAAUUAAUCAAAUUUAUAAUUUACAAAAUAAUAAUAAGUUGUAAAUAGUCAUAUCAUUAUAUACAAUUCUUAACUUAGUUAAUGAAAUAUUGGCAAUGUUUAGCUAGUUGGGAUAUGUGAAAUGUUGGUUAACUAGAUUUUGUAGUUUGUACGAUUUUAUCUGCACACAACAUGCAGUCUGUGCACAACAUGCAGUAUAUAAUAAAGGGAAGUAUAAUAGAGUAUAGGGAAUUUUUUAAAUAUAAAUUCUUUACAUUGUAAUCUGGGGAUACCAUGACGUCUUAAAUCACUCUAGCUUAAAGAUGUCAUGGUUAUCCCUUGUAGGCAAAAAUAAUCCAUGUUAUUAGUAAAUAAUUUAGAUCAGUAGAUUUUUGUACAUAAAAUAUAAAAGUAUACAUUCAUAUCUACUAUAAUAUAAUAAAUCUAUAAUAAUAAAGAAUUUGAAUUUGAAAUUGAUAAAAAAGUGUAAGUACGACUACUCAAGGGUUUGCAUAUGAGUUGACACAAUAUGUAUAUGGUACAAAAUAUAAUGUAAAUUGUACAGUGUACAUGGCACAUGAAAUUCCUAAAACUUUCGUUAAGGAGUGUUAUAUAAUUUAUGUAUGCAUAUUUCCAUAUUUAUUGCUAUGAAUAAGACUUUAAAAAUCUUGUUCUUGUUGAAUGUUUCUAGUGGAUUUUUUUCAUUAAGUUUAGAAAUAUGGAUGAAUGGAUGUAUGGAUGUUUGUUACUCUUGUAUCUUUAUGAAAUUAGGUACAUAUGUAUAUUGUAGUCGGGAUUAGCGUCUACUUGCCCAGGCACCACGCAAGUGACACAGCGGGUUACAGCUAGUAAUCUAUGAAAUUUUAAUUACAGAGUCAGACUGAUCGAACGGGGCAAAGGGUGAGACGCAUGAGGAAGGAGCCCGAGUUAAAUCCGCCAUGUUGCUCAGGACCCUAUUAAAGGGCUGUCAUGCGCAUUUUUCAAUGUUUGCAUCUUAAACUAUUGUUUAUUAUAAAUGAUUAAAGGUUAUAUGUAAUUUUGUUUUAAAAGUGGAACAUAGUUUUUGUGCUGUGAGAGAUUGCAAAUCGUCGGCUCGUGUUAGUUAGAAUCUGCGUGUUCAUAAUUAUAAUUGACCGAGUUGUGGCAACCGCGACAUUAUCUAGGCGUUUUCGUAUACUUCUCUUAUCUAUCUCUAUCUCUCGAGAUAUCGUAUAUUGUUUACUAGCUGUUCGCCUCGGCUUGCCCGUGCAUAUAUAGCUUUUGUCACUCAGUGAAGUUGCAGAUUUCUAAUUGUGAAAGAAUUUUUGGAAUUUGUGAAGUUGUUUUUGCGUGAAAACGUUACAAACAUACAAAAGUUUCCUCUUUAUAAUAUUAGUGCAGAUUGAGUAAGCAUAAACAAUAAAUGGAAAUAAAUCCUAUAACUUGUUUCCAAACAAUUAAAAGUGUUCUUAAAAGUCACUCGUGUUGUAUGAGAGAUAGUAUUAAAAUAAUUUUCUAUCUAUAUUCAUCAACUAUCAAAAACAAAA